AUUUUGGCAUAUUUGUGUUUGGUGACGUUUAUAGUAAUGCGUAUCGUGCUCUGCAAAACAUAAAUCUCUGCAAGCUUUUUCCUGGCCUUGCAGUUUUAUCGCAUCGUCGAUUGUACGUAAAAUCGUUUAAUAGUUAAGAGUUUUCAACAAAUAUAUCCCCCCUUGUGGACGCAUCACUUUAAAGCAAGUUAGCUUCCUUAAACAUCUAAUUGAUUCCAUCGAUGAUGUCCAACUUUCGUGAAGAGCAUCAACUUCGCGUAGCGCAGUAGUAGUACAUCCACAGCAUCCAGUAAAAACAUCCAUCCAAAAACUACUCCAGGAAAGUUUGUGCUCAUUGGAUGUGAAAUCGUGCAUGUUGUCCGUAUGCUGGGAACGAUGAGGAAGACCAUACAUGUAAUGUUAUUGCACUAGAACGCCAUAGUCAUUGUGCAACGCGGAAGGUGGCCCUGCCCCCGGAAGGAACGCCACACGAAAUCGUACGAGCGAUCUCCCCCCCCAGAUGCUCGGCAAGUAUGGCGAGGCGAGUUCCGGCUCGAUGAAAAACCUGGAUAAUGGUCUGAGAGACCGGGUGCUGUACCAUCAGAAUAUGCUGAGCAUGAACCUGACGGCCGAAUUUUACCACAAUCCAUUCCUAACGGCCGGUUCUGGUGGUGGUGGUGGUAGUAACGUCGGAGCAACGUCUGCAACCGGUACGCCCACGAUGGCACAGUCGCAAAAGAUGCUCAACAGUCUGGCAUCCGCUAACCACCCGCAGCAACACGCCAGUAAUGGAUCGGCUACGGCAGCAGGUGUACCAUCACCGACAGUCCCAAGCAGUGCGUCCGCACAGCAAUCGCUGUCGCAGUACCAGUGUCAACUCUGUCAGAAGUGUUUCAUUUCACCGGCUCUACUAACGCAACACAUGAAAACACAUGAUAAUAAUGGAUUCGUCGGUCGUGAAGCAACCAAUUACGUCCAGCAGCAACAAUCGGUAACAUCGGCACCCUCACCCGUAACAGCCGUCGCAUCAAGCAGUAAAACUAGUCCGCCACUGCUAACGCAGCACAACAUUAAGAGCGAAUAUGUGGGUGGAACAGUAUCGCACACGAUGGGCCAGUUUGUGUACGGCAUGGCGAAACAGUUCGAAUGUCAAAUUUGUCACAAAUCCUUCAUGACGAUGGUGAACUUGAAUCUGCACAUGAAGAUACACGAAGCGACCAUAAAGCCGAUUGCAGCGGCUCACAUGUACUCGCAAGCGAGUGGCGGGAAUUUGCUUGUCGGAUCGACGGCUUCCGCAAGCUAUCAUAGCGGACAACAUCACAAUCAGCAGCACCAUACAAUAGGCCCUGCGGUGCCAAGCUCCAGUACCACCGCCGAUGGAGUGUGUCAAAUAUGCCACAAAACUUUUAGCACGGCGGAUCAGUUUGCGGCACAUAUGAAAAUUCAUGAAAACGAAUUUAAAAACCGUGCCCUGUACCAUUCAAGCAACGCGAAUGCUAACGGAGAUGCCGGUGGACCAGUAUCGACCAGCAAUGGUGGCGGUGUGGGGGAUCAUUUUUAUGCUUCAGCGCCACCCACACACCAGCUGGUGCACGCCCCGCCACACCUCGACGCCAGCAAGGGCCACCGGUGUCCAAUUUGUCACAAAAUGUCCAACAACAUCAUUGAACAUAUUAAGCAACACGAAGGACAGCUUACGAUGGGUGGUGGCACUGGUGCGACAGGUGUCGUAGGAUCGCCGUCUGGACCUGGUGGCUUUCAACAAACGAACGAAGAUUCACAAUCCUCGCUGGAAGACGAUAGUGAUGGUGGUGAGAACGUCCGAAAGCACGAGUGCUUGAUCUGCCAUAAGAAAUUUUCCAGCUCGGGCAAUCUGGCCAUUCACAUACGGGUACACUCGGGUGAGAAACCGUUCAAGUGCAGCGUGUGCGGCAAGGGCUUCAUCCAGUCGAACAAUCUGGCGACGCACAUGAAGACACACACGGGCGAAAAACCGUACGCGUGUACCAUCUGCGGGAAAAACUUUAGUCAGUCAAACAACCUGAAAACACACAUCCGGACGCACACCGGUGAAAAACCGUACGCGUGCACCAUCUGCGGCAAGCGGUUUAAUCAGAAAAACAAUCUGACCACGCACAUGCGCACGCAUCAGCUGGUGUGCAUGGUGUGCGGCGUGCAGUUCAUGCAUCCGUCCGAUCUGGCGAACCACAUGAAGUUCCACAACGAUGAAAAGCCGUUCAUUUGCUCGGUGUGCAACAAGGUUUACCUGAACUUGGACGAGCUGACCGAGCACAUGAAGAAGACGCACAACCAAGUGAAACCGUACCGGUGCCACAUCUGCGACAAGACGUUCACGCAGUCGAACAAUCUGAAAACCCACAUCAAGACGCACAUCUUUCAGGAUCCGUACAAGUGUCAGAUGUGUUCCCGUUCGUUCCAGAAGGAGGACGACUAUUCGCAGCACAUGCUGGUGCAUACGGCAGACAAGCCGUACGAGUGCACGUACUGCGGCAAGCGGUUCAUACAAUCGAACAAUUUGAAAACCCACGUCCGAACGCACACGGGCGAAAAGCCUUACCGGUGUACGAUCUGUGCGAAAAACUUCAACCAGAAGAACAAUCUCAAUACGCACAUGCGCAUCCACACGGGCGAGAAACCGUUUGAAUGUACGAUCUGUGACAAGCGGUUCAAUCAGUCGAACAACCUGAACAAGCACAUCAAAACGCACGGACAGGAAAAGGACCAGCAGCAGCAGCAGCAGCAGCAAGCGAGUUGACGAGAAACGAUGGCAGAAGGUUGCACCGGGUUGCACGAGGAACAGUUACACAUAGUUGCCAGCAACACGUAAGGAAGUCAUCCAGCACCAUCAUCAUCAUCAUCAUCCCGUCCGAUACAAGGGCAUUCCCGUAUGAUGCACACUGUGUGCCAAUAGUGCCAUAAGAUACGGACAGGAACUAAUCUACUGUUAAUACUGUUUUGUGGGCCGCUUACCCUCUGUUAUGGGCCUUCAUUCAGUGAACAAACAAUAUAGCUUUCAUUUUUUUUAUCGAUGUUGAUCAUCUGUC